AUGGCGGCACAAAACAUACAGCCUAUGCCUGCUUUUGAACCAAGGAGUGAUCCUACAAGUACAAGUGCGAGAUGGACACGAUGGCUGGAGAGAUUCAACACAUAUUUACUCGCAGCAGAUAUUAAAGACGAUGCGAGAAAGCGAGCUUUAUUAUUGUAUCAGGCGGGGCCCGAAGUACACGAAAUUUUCAAGACUCUAGAAGAGGGCGAAACCAAAGAUUUUAAGUCAGCAGUGAAAGCGUUGACGGAGUAUUUUGAACCAGAGAAAAACGUGAUAUAUCGCACCUAUGUUUUUAGACAAGCGACGCAAGGCAAAGAGGAAUCAAUCGACGAAUUUCAUACGCGUUUACGAGGCUUGGCAAAAUAUUGCGAAUUUACAAACAUAGAUUUUGAAAUUAAGAUGCAGAUUGUAACGAACGGCACUUCUUCAAGAUUACGAAAGAAAGCACUACAAGACCCAAAAUAUAGUUUGGCAAACAUGUUAAUCGAUGGACGAAAAUACGAAACUAGUUCAGCUCAAGCCGUUGGGAUCGAAGAACAAUUCAAAACAAGGGAAAAUAUAAAUGCAAUGGCUAUGACAACGCCCACUGAGAAAAAGUGUUAUUACUGCGGUUUCAAGUAUCCACACGACAAUCAACCGUGCCCAGCGAAGUCUGCUAUUUGUAACCACUGCGGAAUAAAGGGACACUUCGCUAAAGUCUGUCGAACACGAGGAAAAUCUUUCGCAAGUAAGGGAAACCUUGAGAAAUUACAAACGCAAGGUUUUACCUCCCCAGACAAAAGGCGCCAAUCACGAUGGGAUGAGAAUAAACAACGAAAACAACAAGCAAAGGCUGUCGGAAUAUCACAAAGCGAACCAAAUACUGAAAGCUCGGAAGAAAAGGAUUAUGUUUACACAGUAUCGCAAGAAACGAGGGAGCAAACACACGCGACCGUAAAAAUAAAUGGACAGGGGCCGGUUGUAUAAAAACGUAAUUAGCGCUAACUGUAGUUAGCGUUAAUCACUGUAGUUAAAUCCUUAACUGUAAUUAGUUAACUACAUGACUUAACUGCGUUGCACAAAACGUAGUUAGUCGGAUAGUUAACUAAUCACGUAGUUAACUGUGCGUGGGGCUUGCGUGGGGCGUUUAAACACAAAAUUACAUAAAGUAAGCAGCGAAUAACGACCGCUGACACACAUUUUCAACAUGAUUGUGGACUCGUAUUUUGCAAAUAGGCGGGAAUUUUAUUCAAAACGCUAGAAAAACAAUGAAAAAUAUACAAGAAAACAAGGAAAAGCCGCCACAAAAAUCAUAAAAGAAUGCAGUUUUUCCUUGAGAUGCCUACGUUAAACCAAGGUAUAGCGUUUGGCAAUUAUAUAUCAGUGUUUCUUGGUGUAAUGGACCAUACUUCGUCUUCGAGAAAUCGUCCUGUGCAAAAAUAUGUUCUGUUUUCGUAAAAACACCAAAGCGAUAGCGUUUGAAGAGUUUAUAUUGUCAGGAAACAUUCACAGGGAAGAUAGCGAUUGAAAAUCUCAGGUAACCGUUGUUUUUCAUUGUUGUUUUACUGAAAAAUGUUGUUCACUCCUAUACAAACGCCAUUUUUAACUACGUUUUGGACAGUUAACUAUACCCUAAAGCAUAGUGAACUUUAACUACUUUUUAACUGCAGUUAAGGCUAACUACACUUUUAUACAACCGGCUUAACUACGUGAUUAAAGUUAACUAUUUUUUAAGGCUUUUUAACUACUUUUUAACUGCAGUUAGCGCUAACUACGUUUUUAUACAACCGGCCCCAGGACGUUUUAUUUUUGGUUGACACUGGCGCAACUGUUGACAUCAUUGAUUCUACGACAUACGCGAAAUUAAAGAGGAAAAGUUCAUUACGUAAAAGUUCAACUAAAAUCUACGCAUAUGGAUUUCACACACCUCUGCCUCUAAACGGACAAUUUCAAGCAACACUCGAAUCGAAAAAGCGUUAUACCGUGUCGCAAAUGUAUGUAAUAGACGGUGCAGGAGGAAAUUUACUAAGUGCUAAAACAGCCCAAGAUUUGGCCUUGGUCCAGCUAAUUAAUACAAUUUCCGGUUUUCCAGAACAAGAUAAACAAACAAAGACAAAUCAAAACAAUACACACAGCACUGCAUGCGAGACCAAUCCAGAAAUCAACACAAGUGUUCCUCAAUCAAAAGACCCCAAAAUACAAGAAAUCAUAAACAAAUAUAGUACAGUUUUCAAGGGGCAAGGAAAAUUGAACAAUCAACAAAUUAAACUUCAUAUAUCCGAGACGAUGUCAAACCAGUUAUGCAGCGGCAAAGACGUAUACCAUAUCAUGUGAGAAAGGAUGUUUCGAAGGAACUAAAGAAACUAGAAGAGCAAGACAUUGUCGAGAAAGUCGCCAAUCAACCAACACCAUGGAUAUCUCCAAUAGUCGUCACGCCAAAGAAAGACGGAGGUAUUAGACUCUGUGUAGACAUGAGGGAAGCAAACCAGGCAAUCGAAAGAGAGAGACACACAAUGCCAACUUUACAAGAUUUUAAAGCUGAGGUAAAUGGAGCAAAAUUCUUCUCAAAGAUUGACCUAAAGCAAGCAACUGAAAAAGAAACUAACAAGUACCCCAGUUAUGGCAUAUUUCGAUACAAAGAAACGAAGUCUAGUAAUCGUAGAUGGCUCCCCUUAUGGAAUUAGUGCAAUACUAGCACAGAAAGAACAUCACAGCCAGCAGUACAAAAUCCUUUCAUAUGCAAGCAGAGCACUCAGCCCAGUUGAGACAAGAUACUCACAAACAGAUAUUGAAGGACUUAGCUUAGUAUGGGGAAUUGAGCAUUUUCGAAUGUUCUUGAUUGGAUCAGAAUUCGAUGUGAUAACUGAUCAUAAAGCAUUAGAAUCUAUAUUCAAUAACCCAAGAUCCAGACCACCAGCCCGCAUCGAGAGAUGGAUGAUGCGAUUACAACCAUUCAACUUCAAAGUCAUUUACCGCAAAGGAUCCUUAAACGAAGCUGACUACUUAAGUAGACAUCCAGCUGUUAUAGAGAGAGAACAAAUAACGAGUACAACAGCAGAAGAAUAUGUGAACUAUGUAACUAACUGUUCAGUUCCAAAGUCAAUGACACUUGACGAGAUUAAAAAAGCAACCCAUAACGAUCCAGUAUUACAAAAAGUUAAGAAAUGUCUGAAAGAGGGAAAAUGGGAUGAGAACAAUCCUGAUCUUAAACCGUUUAGACUUUGCGCCGACGAACUUACGUACAAUGCAUCAGCAGGUAUACUGUUGAAGAACACACGGCUGGUCAUUCCAACAACAUUACAAGAAAGAGCAACAAAAUUAGGCCAUAUCGGGCAUCAGGGAAUUGAGAAAACGAAAAGCCUACUACGCGAAAAGAUCUGGUACCCAAAUAUGGACAAACGAGUGAAAGAAAUGGUAGACAAAUGCAUUCCUUGCCAAGCAGUAGGUCACGGUAAUAACCCGGAGCCAAUGAAAAUAACACCAACCGAAGACAAACCAUGGACUAGUGUAGCAAUCGACUUCUAUGGUCCAGUACCCCGAACUGGUCAAUACCUGCUAGUGGUUAUCGAUACCUACUCAAAAUUCCCAGAGGUAGAAAUAGUCAACUCAACCGAAGCAAAAACUUGCAUACCAAAAUUAGAUACGAUAUUUGCCAGAUAUGGAAUACCAUCAAAAAUAAAAACUGACAAUGGACCCCCAUUUAAUGGGAAAUAA